AACUUUGUCAUACGAAAGUGGAGAUGUUUAUCAAUCCUUCAUGUGUAUGUUCUUCCGGAGUCACGUCACCGGAUCGGCCAUGCAUAUCUCGGAUAUCCACGCUCUUAGCUAUGACCCCCGACCCCGACCCGUCUUGCAGGAAAACACCAUUCAUUCAUCAAUAAAAAAAUCUCUAAUAUAGCGGGGAGUUGUUUGUUCGUGUAUCAUAAUGAUUAUAUAUAACGGUAUUUAAUUCUUCUGCUGUCGAUGGUCUUCAUCGGAACUCACUGGCAAAAACACUGCAGUUUUCGAAGAAGAGAUCGUGCAAGACUGCAGAGCAGUGCAAGCCUUUCUCUGUGCGAGUCUGCCCAGUCAAAAUGACUACGGAACAAGUUUCAAUUGCUUCUGUUGCUAUCGAGCAGAAACUUCAAGAAGAUGUUUUCCAACAAGAAAUUGGUCAAGACAAGACUCAAGAUGAGGUAUUAAAUGAAAUAGAUUCUGAUGUGAAUACCAGUUCUCAAGCAACAACAGAAGUGAUUGGUCGUAGCCAGAAUCAUGGAGAGAUUUCUUUACAGGAAGAUUCAGCACUCACAAAUUCAGAAGAGCUUACUUCAUCACAGACCACAGCAGAAGAAAUGUGCAAUAUUGAGCCACAAGGUGGCAUAUCUGGAGAACAAGCUUCAACACUCGCAAGUUCAGAAGAACAACUCACACCAAAAGUAUUACCAGCAGGCACCUCAGCUAUCGCGAUGGAAGCAGCAUCUAGCUCUCCAUGUCAUGGAGAAUGUAGUGAGGAAACCAGAGAACAGUUGGACUCAGCUAUCGCAAUGGAAGCAGCAUCUUGCUCUCCUAGUCAUGAAGAAUGCAGCGAGGAAUCCAGAGAACAGUUGGACUCAGAUACCAUAAUGGAAGCAGCAUCUAGCUCUCCAAGUCAUGAAGAACUCUGUGAGGAAACCAGAGAACUGUUGCAUUCUGAAUUGGAUGCAACUAGUUCUGACCAGGUUGAGAAAGUAACAAUUACGAAUAGUCAUACCUCGCACUUGAGAAUAAAACUCAGAGACAGAUCUCCAGCUUGCCCAACAGUGGAUGAGAACCUGCAGGGGAAGCCACCACCCCGUGGACGUGGACGGCCUCCCGGAAGGGGACGUUCCCCCGGCGGUGGACGUCCCCGUGGACGGCCUCCGGGAACUGGGCGUCCCAGAGGACGCCCUCGCAAGCCGGUGGAAGAAAACGAGAACCUUCAAUGUAGUGUGUGCCAGAAGGAUUUUUCUAAUAGACAUAAUCUGAGGAAUCACAUGAGGAUUCAUAUCAUGGAUAAACCCUUGCAGUGCCCGGUGUGCGGGAAGGGUUUCUGCUUCAAGUCAGACUUCGAGCGUCAUAUGAGAAUCCACAGCGGGGAGAAGCCGCACCGGUGUGAAGAAUGUGGGAAGGAAUUUACCCAAAGAAGCCACCUCUCGGAUCAUAUGCGGAUUCACACGGGGGUGAAGGAGCAUCAGUGUCCUGUCUGCAAGCAAUUCUACGCCCGGAAAACCCAUCUCAAGACUCACAUGCGGAUCCACACUGGCGAGAAGCCUUACGCAUGCACUCUCUGCGAAAAGGCAUAUUCCCGAAGGAACGAUCUCAAGAAGCACAUGCGUUCCCACACGGGAGAGAAAGCCCCCCACGUGUGCUCCGUGUGUGAGAAGGGGUUCUCACACAAGAGCCAUCUGACUCACCACAUGAAAUGCCACACUGGAUCCGAACCGUUCCGUUGCUCCGUCUGCAACAAGGGUUUCCUCUUCAGAUCUGAUCUGAUAAGACAUGAGAGGAUCCACAGCGGUGAGAAACCACACAGCUGCAAGAUCUGUGGCAAGGUUUUCGGCCAGCGAUGUCAUCUAACUGAUCAUAUGCGCACCCACACCGGCGAAAGACCACAUAGAUGCUUGUUGUGCGGUAAGGGGUUUUUCCGUAAAAAUCAGCUUACCGCUCAUAUGAAACAUCAUGCGGGUGAAAUGCUACCUGUAAACUGUGCUCUCUGCGGUAAGGAAGUCCCCAUUGAGAAUAUAGAACACAUACCGGAAUAUUGCGUUGACUGUUGUAAGAAACUCCUGUCGCAGGGCGAUGCCACGCAGGGGGCCAGAGUGCAAGAAGGCCCAUUCCCAUUUAACUGCCUCGAGUGUGACAAGAAGUUUUUAUUGCAUUCCCAACUUCUGGAACAUGUGAAGUCACACACAGACAUGAAGCUGUUCCACUGUCCAGACUGUGAUCACCAAUUUGAUAAGGCAUCGGAUUUUAUAGAUCAUAUGGAAUUGCAUGACAGUGGAAAGUCUUUCCAGUGUCUAGACUGCUUCCAGAAAUUUCCUUUGCGUUCCGAACUCAUGAGCCACAGGCAAACGCACAAAAAAGAUAAGUUGUUCAAUUGUUCUAAGUGCACGGAGAAGUUUCACAUAGAAUCCGAUCUGACCACCCAUGAGAAGUCGCAUCAGGAUGAAAUGCCUUUCCCACCUACCCAAUGCAACGACAAAUCUAAUGUCGAAGCUGAUCUUCGGACGCACAACAAGUCACAUCUGGAAGAAAAGCCGCUCCAUUGUUCAGAGUGCAAAAAGCCAUUCGAAGUCGAGUCCGAUCUUCUUGUCCAUGAGAAAUCCCACCUCAAGGAAAAUCUGUUCAGUUGCCCCGAGUGUGAUACGAAGUUUCCCGUACAGGAGAACCUCAUGGUUCAUAUGAAAAUGCACAAAGGUGAAAAGCCUUUCCAUUGUCUUGAGUGCAACCAGAAAUUCCUCUUGCAGCGUGAUCUGUUGGACCAUGUGAAAACUCAUCCAGGAGAAACCUCAUAUUAUUGCUUAGAAUGUGAUAAAGGGUUCAGUACAGAAUGGGAUCUGAUGAGCCAUGUCAGUAUACACACUGGAGAAAACUAGUGAACAAUUUUCCCUACUGCUUGUAUAUUCUACAGUAGAGGGCAGUACUGCUGCAUAUUACAUAGGUUAUAUCGAUUCGAAUCAGUGUUAGGUCAAUACGCUGUGAUCAUUACUGUAAGGAUCGCAUUUGUUAUAUUAUUUCUAGGUUUUGACGUCACCUCGAUGGAUAUAACUGCCUUGUAGUGUAAAUGGUAGCAAUAUAUUCACUGAGGUGACAUCACUCAUUGCUUAUAAGCCAAGUAAUCGGAUAUAUCACUUUAUAUAAUCACUUGUACAUGUAUGUAUGUACAUGUGCGAGCUGUGUUUUUCUAUCAUUCCAUAGACUGAUCAGGGCCUUGUCUUAAUACAAAGAGUUAUGAUUGAUCCAAUCAAUCAUAACUCUAUGGAAAUCCAUCAGUGUCAAAAGUUGU